AUUAUGUACAGCUAUUGCGUUCUAAAUUUGAGAGACGGGUACAAUUGUAAAACUCUGGAACUACACAUUAUGAUCGGGAGAUCCGAUUUUCUUGUGUUUCCAUUGAAACCGAAACUUCGUUGUUGGUAGCAUAAUCAGAAAUUGAAGCAUGCUUCAAAGAGAGAUUGACGUUUUUCUAUGGCUGUGUUUUGUGACUGCAGCAUUGGCUCAAAACCAAGGAUGCAUUGCUGGCAACACAACAAUGAAAUUUAAACAGGAGAUGCUCAAAGGCAAAGAGGUGAUAAGCUAUAUGUAGUCCAUUCACAAGGGUAUGGACCUGUUUAUCAGAUAUGUUUGAACCCAACGUAUCAACGGACCUUAUCAUAUAUAAUGAUGAUAUCUUCCACCAGAAAGAUCGAAUAUUCCAUAGUGCCGACGAGCCUGCGACCCUAUACCUUACAAAUCUUAGAAAAACCGAUGAAGGCCCAUAUGUCUUACAAGUACAAACAUGUAUUUCAUACGAUGGUAGCAAAUGCCAUUAUGAUGUGCAUGAAUAUCUAACAAUCAAAGAUUGAUAUUGAAGGAAACAGCACAGUAAAUGCCAUUUUGUAUGAUACUUAAUGAUGCCACUGAAUUGACAGUCCAAGAUGUGUUUUAUAAAUUCUCACUAAUGAAAGUCAUAAACAAAUUAUAAUAUCGCAAGAACAUACAUUUAUUUGAAUUAAAAAAAAAACGAAUUAUAAUUAAAUUCUAUAUAUCUAGUAGUUUCAGAAAAGUGCUGCUGAUUUGUAUCAAGUUUCUUUUCAUUAAAAGAAGAUCGAAGAAAUGAACUGCAUUUGAAAUGUAUAUGACCUUCGCUGAAUAGUUUACGUAUUUAUUAUUAAUUUUAUGGUUUUCAUCGAAGCAGCAGUACUUAUUAUUACGUUAAACACAUCCUUAAUAAAUUCUCAACAGAUUUGUCAAGAGUAAACCCUGAUAAAAUCGAAUUUAGACAAGUUUUCCGAUAUCAAACUUGUACAUGAAACACUAGAGAAAAAAUAAAGCUUCAAAAAGAAAUUAAAUGCUGGGUUAAAAACAAAAUCUAAAUCUAGCAAGUGAAAGUUGCCUACAGGUUUAUGAUAUUCAAGAUAUAAAUUGUUUUCAAAUCAUAACAACAGAUUUAUUUAAUAUGUGUACCACGGCUUAAAUUUGUGUUAAACACAUCGAAAGUAAUGUUUUUCACUCUCGUUUUUUAUAUUAUGGAAAUAAGGACUGAUAGAAUAUCUCAAGAAUGCCUACAGUCUCUCCAAAAAGGCAUUAAAGAAGCUUUGGACCUCCUUUUUGACCUCCUUUUUAAAAUGAAGUCAAAUUGAAUAUAAAUUUUGGAAUUUUUCCAUAAAUAGACAUAGAAUGUCACAAAAUUUGUUUCAUUUUCCAUAAAAUUCCUUUAAACCGUAAAUAACGGGGAAAAAUUCAUUAAAUUAAUCAUGACGUCAUAAUAAUCCUAGCACUUAAGAGACACUCUAAAAUCAUUACUAAAUCUCUUAGCGUAGAAACACUUUUAAACAAGCAUGAUUAAUGGUUUGUAGAUAAUGCUCAGAUUAAUAAUGAAAUGUACUUUCCCAUGUUAUAAGAUUGAGUAAGCUGCCUCUCUCUACACAUAUAAAUAUGCCUCUAAAUGUACAGAACAUCGACAGAUGCAUAGCAAUCAAUCAGUUGUUAGUAUACAAUGUUGCAUUUUGAUCUCAUUUGAAUACAAAAUUGCACGCAGAGAUAACUUUAAAUGUAGUUUAAUGUGUUUUACAGAUAAAAACCACUUUUUAAGGUCAAAUCUGGCAUUAAGUUUAUUCAUAGCAAGAACUGCAUAAUGAUAACAAUUAAUCUUUGAUUAAGUAUCGGUGAUUUCCGAUACUAUGUCCGUGGUUAAAAAUGAUAUUGUUUCAAAGUCGAUGAUUAAAGAGACAAUUAUUACGGGUAAUGUUUAGUGUUAGACUAUCAGAAAUGCAUGACGCCCGGAUAAUGCAAGAAAAUAUUCUAUUUUGUUAGAGAAUCAUUUCAAAUUCUCAAUGCAAUAGAACAAAAAUAAAAAAUAAAAUGAAAAUUUUAUAUAUAUUAUAAAUUUUUGAAUUUAAACAACGCACAGAUUUUAAAAACUUAAUAUGUUGAUAUAUAUUACACAAUAUUGUUACGCAAUUUCUAUAAAACAGUAAUAAGUUUAGAUAUAAGGAUAAUUGUAGACAAUUGAGAAACCAUUGCUUAAGACAGAUUAUCGCAACAGUUGAUUAGUUAUUGGAUGAUAAAUAUUUUCCUUUGCUGAUUUCUUAUGUUGUAAAGCUUUUUAAGCUAAAUCUAAUGCUGAAAACUGAAAAUCGAAGGAUGCAUUGCAGAGAUAUCGGGGUUUAAAAACUGAUUUUUCCGGAAGUUUUGAUUCUGUGUUCUUGGUUUAAAAAAUUCUCUUUUUCUCUCUAUCGUUCACUCUUUUUUCUCUUGUUUAUUAUAUAAAGAAGGCAAUCAAUUUGUCAUACACAUAUAGUAAAUCUGGAAAAAAUUGGUCAUCUGGUAUUUUUGCUUGAUUCAAGUUGUUGUACUGUAUAUGACUUAAUCUUUCAAUAUUAUGAGGGUCAAGACAUCAUUUGUUAAAUGAAAACGUUAAUGUUCUAAACGGACACCCAUUAUUAAUACUCUCCAUUUUUUGGUAAUAAACAGAUUUAUUGUAGAUAUAUGUUUUGACAAAGCAAAUGAAAUGGGUCCAUGUGCAUUAUCAACAUGUUACACAGGGGAAAAUGGAAUGUUAAAGACCCCUGAUAAUCAAACCAGAACAGUGAAUGGUUCUGAACUGGUAAGGGUUUGUAAUGAGAGUGCUUCAGGCAACUAUUCUUGCUGUAAUGCUGAAGGAAAAUGUCUAGAACAAUUCUUUGAAGCCAAAGCAUUUGCUGAGGAUCAAGUUAGUGAAUGUGUUGCUGGCAAUGUGACUAUGGAGUUUAAACCUGACAUUUUGAAAGACGAAGAAGUUAAAAGUUACACCUGGAUUUGGGACCAGGGACAUGAAAGUUUUCACAUGUUUGCCAAGUUUGAACCAAACGUGUCAACGGACCUUAUCACAUAUUUUGAAGAUUUCCACCGACUUAUGGGGCGAAUAUUCCAUAAUCCCAAAGAGCCUACCACUAUAAACAUUACAGAUCUAAGAGAAAGCGAUGAAGCCAAGUAUUACUUAGAAAUCCGAUACGCAAAUUUUGAAAAUUAUACAGGAUAUAAUAUUUACCUUAUAGUAAAAGGUGUUUGUUUCGAUGACCCUGUAGAAAUAAAGGGGUGCUAUGUAACAACAUGCUAUACAGGAGAAAAUGGAAUACUAAAGAUUCCUAGCAAUUUAACCGAAGUAGUAAAUGGUUCGAAAUUGGUUAAGGUCUGUAAUGAAAGUGCUUCAGGAAAAUAUUCUUGCUGCAAUGCUGCAGGAAUCUGUCAAGAGCAAGUCUUAAAGGUCAUAGACGAUACCACGCCCCUUGAUGAUGAACCAGGUUCCACCGUCAUCAUCACGACCUUCAUCAUUGUCCUUGUGAUAGCUGUAGGGGUAGGGGGGACAACUGGAGUGCUUGUGUUCUUGAGAAGACAACGAGGAAUACCUGGAAAUAAGCAAUGAAUCAACUAUGUGCGAUGAUUUGCUAUCAACAUACCUGUAGUUUAGAUUAAAUGCUUUCAGUUAAGAUUAAAAUCAAAGGAUGUCAAUGCUAUGU